GAGCUCAUCGCACUGGGACUUUGUAACUUUAUGAGUUCAUUCUUCCACACGUUUGUCGUUACCGCCUCAAUGUCUCGCAGCCUGGUACAGGAGAGCACAGGAGGACAUACUGAAAUUGCAGGACUCUUGGCGUCCAUACUUGUGUUACUGGUGGUAGUGGCCAUUGGAUUUGUCUUUCAGCCAUUGCCAACAACGGUGUUGGCUGCUAUCAUCAUGGUCAAUCUCCUGGGGAUGUAUAAGCAAUUGAAAGACAUUCCUGCAUUAUGGAGAACCAGCAAGAUUGAACUGGCGAUCUGGCUGGUGUCCUUUUUUGCAUCAGUUCUUCUGGGUCUGGAUUAUGGUCUGGUGGUUGCCAUGGGCUUUGCCAUACUCACAGUUAUUUACAGAACACAAUGCCCUAAAAAUGCUCUUCUUGGACAAAUCCCAGAGACAGGACUGUACUUUGAUGUGGAUGAGUAUGAAGAGGCUGAGGAAUGCUCUGGGAUUAAGAUUUUUCAGUCCAAUACUUCCAUAUACUUUGCAAACAGUGACCUGUAUGUGAGCGCCCUCAAGGCAAAGACUGGAAUUGACCCAGCACAACUGCUCACUGGCAGGAAAUCACAGCUAAAAUAUGCAAAAAGAGACAACAGGGAGAGGAAGGCUGUAAACCACUGCUCCUCAGUGAAGAAAAAUGCAGUUGUCUUAUUGGAUGUGGAGCUAGGCGUCACUCGUGAGGUGGUGGCUGGGCCGAAGAAGCAGAUGGAUCAUGUGUAUACCAAUGGCCAGAUGAAUGAGAGCAACACUGAGUCUGAAUCUGAGGAUGACUUCUUUCUCCAGCGUCUAACCCCCAUUCACACCAUCAUACUGGACUUUACUCCUGUUAACUUUAUUGACUCUGUAGGAGCCAAAACCAUUAAAUCAGUAAGUCGUCAGCUUUUAUUUCCAAAGAAGACACUUGAAGACCGAUUAGUGAGAUCUGACUUAAUACAUUAGACCACACGUUGCGCUGUUGCAUAUUGAUCAGCAUCAGUUUAACGUUUUCUCAUACUUUAGAGUUAGAUGUUUGAACAAACCACUGACUCUUAAUACUAAACAUGUUACAUUUCCCUUAUUGUUUGCACUAUUGAUAUGACAUGGCUUGUUGAGAAAGGGUGUGCUGUUACUUAAGUGAUCUG